AUGGUAUAUUAUUUAAUUGGUGUUUACUUUUUUGUUAACGUAUUAAAAGUAUAUAGCACAUUUAUUAAUUAUAACGAAUGUGAUUUUACUUUUGAUGCACCUAAAUUAUCAGAUGUUUAUGACAAAUAUAAUGGUGUAAAGGAUAUUGAAGAAAGUGCUAGAUAUAGUAACUAUUGUGAAAGUUUGGAAAGUUUUAAUUCAGUAAAAUCUUUUUGGUCAUUAAAAUUAAAAUCAUUAUGUACAGAAAAAACAUCUAUAUUAGAUAAACAUGUUUUUAAUAAUAUAUGUAGUCAUAAAUUUGAAACUCCACAUAUAAGAAUUAAUGGAUUAUCCGUUGGUAAAGAGCUAGUUAAUAUAGAAUUUGUGUGUGCUCAUUUUUUAUAUAGUAAUAAACGUGAAAUAAUAAAAUGUAUAAAAAGUAAUUCUGUGAACAAUUAUUUAGAUACCUAUCAUAUUGCUUUCGAUUUAUCAGUUUCUGAAGAUUUAUUAAAACAUUCAAAUGAUGUACCAAUUUUAUUAAAUUUAAAAGAUAUAAAUGGUUUAAGCUUAACCAAAAAAAUUAUUGAUGAUUCAGUAUGUAGAAUUCAUUCAAGUGUUCAUACUAUUAUGAAUAAAUAUGAUUAUUCUCUACUAAAAGUAUUAUCAGGCUUAUGUACGAAAUUAGGAUUCCAUAAUCAAUUUAUUAUUACAGAUAAUAUACAUCCAUUAUUUAAUCCUUUUAAUAAAAAAAUCCCAUAUAGUUUAAGUUCUCUAAAUUUUAAUAUACAAAAUACUUCUAUAUAUUAUUCUAAUUAUGAAUACCUAUUAUAUAGCAUAAAAUUAACCGAUGUCGAAUAUAUUUUAGGUUCUUAUAUAUCACCAAGUGCAUUAACCAUUAGUCAUAAGAAUAACUCGUAUGUAACAUGGAUUGGAUUAAAUAAAGAUAAUAGUAUAUAUAAUAAAAAAUUUGUAGAAUUAUAUAAUGCUUUAAAUAAAGUAAAAUAUAUAGAAAGAAUUGUACAUUGUUAUAGUAAAUAUACAUCUAAAUAUUAUGAAGGAACCAUAAAAUAUUUUUAUAAAUAUUUACCAGAAAAUAAAAAAGAAGUUAUGCAAAAUAAUCCAAAUAUAUUUAUUUAUCUAAUUAAUAGUGUUUGUGCAAAUAUACCAUCUGUUCAUAAAUGUGUAGAGAAAAUCAUAUCAUUAGAUGGAAUUUAUGAUUUAUAUUUUAAAAACUUUAUGAUUAAUUUUAUAUAUUAUAAUCUAUCAUGUGUAUAUAAUUGUAAUCCAUUAAAUUUAGGAAAAAUUAUGAAUGAUGAACAUAUAUGGGAUAUAUUAGUAAAAUAUUUUUCAAAUUAUUAUUUAGUAAAAUAUAAAAAAACAAAAUCAAAUAAGGAUAUAUUAUCUGCAAGUAUGAAUCAAAUUACACCUAAUGACGAAUAUUAUAAACAUUUUGACUUUGAUUAUAUACAUAGUGGAAAAUGGAGAACAGAAUUAAAUUUAGAAGAUGAAGAAGCUAUAUUAAAACCAUCAGAUGAUGUUGUGGAAUAUGAGUUUUAUAAUUAUACAUUCCAUUCAUUAGAUUUAGGUAGUUAUAGUUUUUUUAUAUUAAAAAGUGAAAUAGAAGAAGACAAUAUAUGUAAAAUAGCAUCAUUUAUUGAGUACAAUGGGAAAAAAUAUGUGCAUUCGAAUAAAUAUAUUGUAGACUUUUUUAAAAAAAAUAAUAAAAGAAUGCUUUCCCACGACACAUCAAAUAAUAAUAAUAAUAAUAAUAAUAAUAAUAAUGAUACGACGAAUGGAUUUAAUGAUAAUAAUAUACAAAGUGGGGAAAAAAAUUCGAAUGAACAUCAUGAUGAGGAAGAUAAUCACCAUGAUGAUCAUUUUGAUGCUUUCAACUUUUUUGAUGACUUUUUAGGAGAUGAUAAAGAUCAAGGUGGUAAUUUUAUAGAUAUUUUUAAAAAUAAUAAUUUAUUUAAUAAAAAUAAAUUACUUGAACAUUUAUAUGAUGAAGAUGAUGAAGACUAUGAUGAUGAUAAUGAUCAUCAUCAUCGUUAUCAUCGUUUUCAAGAUAAGGAUUAUGUUUUUGAUAUUGAAAAAUUCAAAAUACCAACGAAUGUAGGUGAUGUAUAUCCCUUAAAAGAAGUAUAUACUUUAAAAGAAUUACAAGAAGUAUAUGAAAUUCAUCCGUCUUUUAACGAUUCAGAUGAUGAAAUAAGAUAUCAAUUUCUUAAAAGUGAAUCGUUUGGAAAAGAUAUACAUUUUACUGUAAAAGAUGUACCAUCAAAAAUAAAGGAUUAUUAUAAAUAUUAUUAUGAAAUAAAAAAGAGAAUAAAUAAAUUUGAUAAUAAAAAUGAUUUAAAUCAUUAUAAUACCUUAAAAAAUAAUUAUAAAAAUGAUCCAAAUGCUUUUUCAAAAGUAGAUAUUAAAUUUGCUUGUUCGAAAAAAGGAAAUUGGCCAAUACGUAAUGUAUCUGGUAGAUGGAUUUCUGAUGUAUUAUGUGAAGCUUAUUUUGUACCUCAAUUAGCUUAUAAUCAUUAUUAUGCUGAAAAAAAAUAUAAAAAUAAGGAAAUGAAUAACAAAGAUAAUAAAGCAAUACAAAAUAUAUUUGAUAUUAAUUUAUAUACCUUAAGAGAACAUACUAGAUUAAUAGGUAUUGAAUUUGAAGAUCAAGAACCAUAUAGAUGUGCUAUAAGUUAUUUAGGAGAUGAAAACAAAAAAACGAUUUUACCAGUAUCAGCAACAUAUCUAAUUAAUAUAGCUAUAGGUUUUUGUGCUUUACAUGGUUUCAAAACAGUUUGGCUAGCUGAUUCAGCAUUUGAUAUAAAUACAAAUAUAUAUUUAAGAUAUACUUCUAUUUUAGAACAAGGAAAAACUUAUUAUGAACAAACUAAUUUCGAAAUAUAUGGUCAAACAAGAUUAGUAGCACAACUUGAAUAUAUAGCAUCAGGAAUGAAUAUAGAUAAUAAUAUUAUAACAUCAGGUAUAUAUAAAAAUAGAUAUAAUUUAGUUAGUUAUCCAGGUGUAGAUUUAAAAUUUCAAUUAUUAAUGAGUAAAAAAGUUAAAAAUAUAAUUUAUAAUUUAAAAUUUGAUUGUCAUGAUUGGACAUAUAAAGGAUGUUCAGAAUAUUAUCCAUUAAUGAAAAAAAAAAUGAAAAAACAAAAUAUGAAUACAACAAAUAAUUAUAAUCACAUAAUAUUAAAUGGUAAUUAUUCAGAUAAUGAAAAAGAAAAAAUGUACGAAUGUGCAUUUAUGCAUGACCCAAUGUUUAUUGAAUUAAAUAAAAUGUUCCCUAAGGAAUGUACAUAUGGUUCAAGAAUAGGUGAAUGUCAUAAAAAGAUUCGAAAAGAGAUACCAUGUUAUAAUGAAAAAACAUGUAAAUAUCAAAAAUAUAUAUAUGAACAAUUUUAUAAACCACAUAAUAAUAUUAAUUUAUUAAAUGAACAUUUUAUAAAAGUGUCAGAACAAUUAACAAGAUUAUCCAGACCAUAUUAUUUACAGUCAAUAAUAUCAUUAGAACAUGAUAUACAAAUGAAAAAGGAAAAUGGUGUAAAUACAGAUUACGAUGAUAUUAUAUUAUUCAUUUUGAAAAAUUCGGUCUUUUAUGUUUCAUGGGUCACAUCUAGUGAAUAUUGGAAAAGAGCAAUACAUGUUCAGGAUUCAAACCUAUUAUUACCACCAAGUUACAAUGAAAAUAAUACAAAUAAUAAUAAUAAUAAGGAAUUAUUUUGUCCUGUUGCAUAUUCACAUGAAUUUAUUGGUCACAUGUUGGUACAAUAUAUGAAGUUUCCAAAUAAAACAUAA